GCGGAGGUUCGCAUUCGGGGAAGGGCGGGUGCGCGCCGCGGGCAUGCGCCCUGCGGGGCGAGACGGCGGCUCGGCGGGGUCACCCGGGCGCAGGCGCAGUGCGGUGUUUGUCUGCCGGACUGACGGGCGACCGGGCGGUGCGCGGCGGCGGCGGCGGCGGCGGCGGGGAAGAUGGCGGCGUCCUCCCUGGAGCAGAAGCUGUCCCGCCUGGAAGCAAAGCUGAAGCAGGAGAACCGCGAGGCCCGGCGGAGGAUCGACCUCAACCUGGAUAUCAGCCCCCAGCGGCCCAGGCCCAUUAUUGUGAUCACUCUAAGCCCUGCUCCUGCCCCGUCCCAACGAGCAGCCCUGCAGCUCCCGCUGGCCAACGAUGGGGGCAGCCGCUCACCGUCCUCAGAGAGCUCCCCACAGCACCCCACGCCCCCCGCCCGGCCCCGCCACAUGCUGGGGCUCCCAGCAACUCUGUUCACACCCCGCAGCAUGGAGAGCAUUGAGAUUGACCAGAAGCUGCAGGAGAUCAUGAAGCAGACGGGCUACCUGACCAUCGGGGGCCAGCGCUACCAGGCAGAAAUCAACGACCUAGAAAACUUGGGUGAGAUGGGCAGUGGCACAUGCGGCCAGGUGUGGAAGAUGCGCUUCCGGAAGACGGGCCACGUCAUCGCAGUCAAGCAAAUGCGGCGCUCAGGGAACAAGGAGGAGAACAAGCGCAUCCUCAUGGACCUGGACGUGGUGCUCAAGAGCCAUGACUGCCCCUACAUUGUGCAGUGCUUUGGGACCUUCAUCACCAAUACCGAUGUCUUCAUUGCCAUGGAGCUCAUGGGCACGUGCGCCGAGAAGCUCAAGAAGCGGAUGCAGGGCCCCAUCCCCGAGCGCAUCCUGGGCAAGAUGACGGUGGCGAUCGUGAAGGCGCUGUACUACCUGAAGGAGAAGCACGGCGUGAUCCACCGAGACGUCAAGCCCUCUAACAUCCUGCUGGACGAGCGAGGCCAGAUCAAGCUGUGCGACUUCGGCAUCAGCGGCCGCCUGGUCGACUCCAAGGCCAAGACGCGGAGCGCCGGCUGCGCUGCCUACAUGGCGCCCGAGCGCAUCGACCCCCCAGACCCCACCAAGCCGGACUACGACAUCCGGGCUGACGUGUGGAGCCUGGGCAUCUCGCUGGUGGAACUGGCGACGGGACAGUUUCCCUACAAGAACUGCAAGACGGACUUUGAGGUCCUCACCAAAGUCCUCCAGGAAGAGCCCCCGCUCCUGCCCGGUCACAUGGGCUUCUCAGGGGACUUCCAGUCCUUCGUCAAAGACUGCCUUACUAAAGAUCACAGGAAGAGACCAAAGUAUAAUAAGCUACUUGAACACAGCUUCAUCAGGCGCUACGAGACACUCGAGGUGGACGUGGCGUCCUGGUUCAAGGAUGUCAUGGCGAAGACCGAGUCGCCGAGGACUAGCGGGGUCCUGAGCCAACACCACCUGCCCUUCUUCAGGUAGCUGCAUGGCGGCGGCCAGCCCCACAAGGGCCAGGGGCAUGGCCACAGGCCCCCCUUCCCCACCCAGCCACCUGCCAGGGGAGACCUGGGACCCGGAUGGCCGCCGAGGGCUGAGGACAGAAAGUAGGGGCACCCACCCACCCCCGACUCCCUGCCUGCCAGCCGUGGACAGACGGGCCGUCAGGCCCCAGCCCUUCCCGCCCCGGGGUCAGCCGGCCGUGUGCGUUCCCCGGACAGACACUGUGAACGGACGACAACAGGCCGAGAGCAGACUCGCUAUUUAUUCAGUUGUAACCUCUGGGCUGGGGUGGCCCCCAGGGGCCAGGAGAGACCCCUGAGUCCCCAGCCCCUCUCCGAGCGUGCCGUCCUCGCCGCUCCCCAUGCACCUGUUCCUUCUUUGUCACCCCCUCUACCUCUGUCCUUGUCACCCUCCCUGCCUCUGCUUCCCUCCUGGCCCAAGCCUGGGCUCAGCCACCCCUGGCGGGACCCCUGGGUCUGCUUAGGUCUCCGUGGGGCAAUGAGUCAGUGGCCCCCAGAAGGGGCUGUGGGCAUUGCAGCUGCAGCCGGCGGGGCUGGUCUCUCUGUCUCUCUCUCUUUCUCUCUCUCUUUGAUCUCAGGGGGUCCUUUUUGGAGUUUAUUGUAUUUUAUUGUACUUGGUGGGGGGUGGGGGGCGGAGAAGAGCUUGUUCUCAUGGGGUUUGUUGGUACCUUCAGAAACUUUUACCAAAGUCACGUUUAGCUGCUUGUGGAGGGGCCCCCGACCGCCCACGGGCUCUGGGGGCUGGGCCGGGUGCUGCAGCUCCGGCUUCAGGGGCUGACCCUGGACGGGGAGACUGGCCCCAGCUUAGGGGCGAGUUGAAGACCUCAGGGGGUGUGGAGGGGGCCCAAGGGGCUGUGGCCACACACAGGGUGGCCUUCAGGGAAGGUAGACGUGGGGCGUGGCGGGAGCAGGCGGCCAGAGCGAAUUGAAGACGACGAGAAGGAGUGUGGCGGGAGUUGGAUUGAGGGGGAAGGGAGUGGAUGUGGGGGUUCAGGGACAUGUGACAGGCUCCAGCGGGGGCGAGGGGGCAUGUGCCGCACCACAGCAGGCCAGGUGUCCCCCAAGCACUCGCUGCUGAUGCUGCAGGCAGAGCAGGAGGGGUGUGUUUCCUUUUUGUUGGUGAUGCAUGCAAAUCACGUGGACGAGAAAAACAAAAUAGCAAAACACAAAAAUGAAAAAAAAAAAACAAAAAAAAAAACCCCAUAAAACCACAAACAAAAACCAACCAACACCAAAGGUGAGGAACCUCGCUGGACGUAGCUGAAGCAGCGUAGACAUAGGGUUGCUGUAUCCUCUCAUCUGUGGUCUGAACUCUCCUUAUCAUAGUCACAAAAUGCCGCAUGUUUAAAAGUAGUAGAAGUCAUCUUCUCUCUGCCCCAGGAGGAAGGCUGCCUUCUCUUGCCUCUGCUCCCCUUUGUGAGGGGCCAGGGGUCAGGUAGGGGUGCCGACAGGCCUGGCCCCCACCCUCCCUCCCUGGGGCCAGCCACAGGGGCCUCUGCGGGUAGCUGGAAGGUUGCUUGGCUGGCUCUGGGCCGGUAGAGGCCCGAGGCUGGGCUACCUGGUUUUAUUUUUAUUUAACUUGAUUUUCCGUUUUUUGUGCGUGUGUGUCUGCCCACCACCUCCCUUCAGUGUUAUGGGGGAGUCCUGGGGGAGCCUCUCCUACCUCCCCGCCUCUCCCCAGGCCUCCCCCUCGGCCUCCCCCUCGUCACCAGCCAUCCCUCUGGACCAGGCAGAGGGCAGACCGGGCGGGCAGGAGCCUGGGGUGGCCCGGCCCAGCCCAAGGCCGCCAGUAUUGCCCUGUCCCUUUUUAAAACAAAAUGCCCUCAUUUGUAAAUCCUUAGACGCUUAAGAAUAAACUCCUCCCUUUUCUUCUGCGA